UAUGCACCAAAAAGUUGGUAUGCGACCCGCCAAUAAAUUCAUAGAAGAAGAACGCGCAAUACUUUCCCUUUCCAAGCGCCACAACACGAGACUGACCGAGUUUGUAAGAACUCCAGGAUAAUAAUUAAGAUCUUCUUUACACAGAUAUCAAGAUUUACACUUUAAAGGAAACCGUUCACAAGUAAAUACUGGAAUAAUUCAUAUUGUACAGGUGAAGGAGACACUUCAUUUAAAAUUCAGAAUGACACAGUCCUGUGAAAGUAUAAUCAUAAAGGAGGAAAGUGAAGAUAUGAGUGAUACAAACCCACACGGAAAGAGCAAUGAAGACAUUAAGCAAGAAACAGACCUGAUGGGACUGGAAAAAACACCAGCAUCAGAAACAUCAUAUAACUCCGUAAAGGAAGAAGAAUCUUCUGGUUGCUCGCAGAUGAAAAGUUCCUCUCCCAAAAGAAGGCAAAAAUCGUUUACUUGCCGUCGUUGUGGAAUGGGAUUUGGAAGUAAAGGACUUCUUGUGGAGCACAAAAAGAUUCACAUCGGAGAAAAGCGUUUUAUUUGCCCUCACUGUGAGAAAGGUUUCACACGUAAAAAACACUUAACAAUUCACAUAAGAAGUCAUACUGGAGAGCGUCCAUACUCGUGUCCUCAGUGUGAUAAACGGUACACAUGUAAAAAAGAACUAACAUUUCACAUAAGAAUUCACACCGGAGAGCGUCCAUACUCGUGUCCUCAGUGUGGAAAGACUUUCACAAAAAAAAAAAUACUUACAUCGCAUUUGAAAACUCACACAGGAGAGCGUCCACACACAUGUCCUCAGUGUGAGAAGAGUUUCACGCAUAAAAGCUAUUUGUCAGUCCACAUGAGAAUUCACACUGGAGAGCGCCCAUACCUUUGCUUUGACUGUGGAAAGACUUUCCAGAGGAAAACAAAGCUUACAGAUCACAUGCGAGUUCACACUGGAGAGCGUCCGUAUGCGUGUUCUGAAUGUGAAAAGACGUUCAGUAAGAAGACAAGGCUUUCAGAUCACAUGAGAACUCACACAGGAGAGCGUCCACACGCAUGUUCUCAGUGUGAGAAGAGUUUCGCACAGAAAAGUUCUUUGGUAGUCCACAUGAGAAUUCAUACUGGAGAGCGCCCAUACCCAUGUCUUGACUGUGGAAAGGGUUUCACAAGGAAAACAAAGCUUACAGAUCACAUGAGAAAUCACACUGGAGAGCGUCCAUUUGAAUGUCCUGACUGUGGAAAGACAUACAUGAGGAAAACAAAACUUACGGAGCACAUGAGAACGCAUACUGGAGAGACAUUCACAUGUGCUCAGUGUGGAAAGUGUUACGUACACAAAAAAGGUCUUCAGUACCACAUGAAAUCUCACACUGGGCCCUUACCCACAUCUUCAGUGUAAAAAGACUUUCGCAACAAAAAGUUAUCUUCCAGACCACAUGAAAAUUCACACUGGAGAGCUCAUAUGUUCAGUGUUCAAUGUGUUUAGUGUGAAGCGUUUCUCACACUGUCAGUGUUUACGAUUAACUGUACUCAAUGUAUGUGCUUACUUUUGUUCUUUAUUAUUCAAUCAAACAUAGUGUUUGAAUGCAAAACAAUUAUAUUGUAAUUAAAACAAUGAAAAUUGCAUAAU